AUGCUGACAACCCUAUUACAUUUAUUUCACUGCCUCGGUGGUGUCGUGGCUAGCAAGUACGGCUGCACACCCGGAGGUCCUGGGUUCGAGUCCCGGGUCGGGCCAAAUUUAGUUAUUGAGUCUUUCUGUAAAGCCUCAAUAACAGCCCGGAGUUGGGAAGUUGGCGGUGUUUCACCCCCGUGCCUCGGAGAGCACGUAAAGCCGUCGGUCCUGCGCCUUAACUCUCACUGGUCGUGUCGAGUGGUCGUCCCACCAGAAUAUGAGAGUGACAGGAAUAGAGAGUGCACUUGUGUCUGCGCGUACACUUGUGCACUA